AUGGCGAUAUCGAAAUCAGCAAAUACAUACAAUCGGUUGAAUUGGGAAGAAUCAGACUUUCCAAUUAUCUGCCAAACUUGCCUCGGGGACAAUCCUUAUAUGCGAAUGCUGAAAGAAAAACAUGGAGAUUCUUGUAAAAUCUGUAGCAGGCCUUUCACUAUUUUUCGAUGGUGCCCGGGCUCCAAAAUGCGAUACAAGAGAACAGAAAUUUGUCAAACUUGUUGCAAAUUGAAAAAUAUCUGUCAAACCUGUCUACUGGAUCUAGAAUACGGAUUGCCUGUGCAGGUGCGAGAUACCGCCGUGGAAGUACAAGAUGAUGUUCCCAAAUCAAUUGUUAACCGGGAAUAUUACAUUCAGAAUACAGAAAAAAUGUUCGGUUCUAGUGCAGAUGGAAAUCCAGCUAUGGCUAUCAUGCAGGGCAAAGCUAGUCAACCUAGUGACAUGUUGAUGAAACUGGCUCGCACUACUCCGUAUUACCGAAGGAAUUUGCCUCAUAUUUGUUCAUUCUGGGUCAAGGGCGAAUGUAAACGAGGCGAAGAAUGUCCUUACCGACAUGAGAAGCCUACAGAUCCGGAUGAUCCGCUGGCGCAUCAGAACAUAAAAGACCGAUAUUUUGGACGAAAUGAUCCGGUCGCGAAGAAACUUCUUAAUCGGGCUUCUAAUUUACCCAAAUUAGACAUCCCGGAAGACUUGAGCAUAACUACUCUUUACCUGGGAAAUGUGCACGAAGGCAUCAACGAGAGUGAUAUAAGGGACGUCUGCUACCAGUUUGGUGAAAUACGAUCCAUCUCAGUUGCCUUCAAACAGCAGUGUGCAUUCGUGCAGUUCACAACGCGCUUUGCAGCAGAGCAGGCAGCACAGGCUCUCUUUGGCAAGCUAAUCAUUAAAGGCCACAGGCUCAAUGUCAGAUGGGGAAGACCUCAAGGGGCGGGGGCUGCAGGUGGCCAUUGGGGAAGCAAAGAGGGCGCCAAUAUCGGAUUACAGUUCGUUCCCAAUUAUCAAACAGUUCCAGGAUUGCCCGAAUUUUCAGUUCCCUCUGGACCUGAUUUAGCAAAGAGCAGACGGCGAGAGGGAGACCCAUCGGAGAGUUCAAAAGAACCUGUGUGCCAGAAGGUUGCUUCAGCGACUGUAGUGGAGGACGAUCAAGCACCUGGAACUAGUGGCAGUUAUACUAGUAGUAGCAGUUCGCAGCUUCCGCCUGUGUUAAAUGACAUUCCCAUCCUGCUGCCAAAUAUGCAUCCUGUCUCGGCCCCCCCUGCUGAUGGAGCUAGAGCGAACAGUCAGAUGAAAUCAGCUUCAACUAUGGCUAAUGCUGUGCGCCACAUGCACCGCAGUCCCAAUGUUCUUCCACCACCGCCGCAGCUAGGAUUGACUUCUCCCCUGGCGCCUGCGGCGAUGUCUUCGGCCUAUUUACCACCAAGUAUAGCGCCCAACAUGCCCUCACCAAAUGCAGCACCAACUGCCUAUUACCCAUCACAAGAUCCACGACUCAUUGGUUCAAACCAAGCUCGAUAGAACGUAGCUCGCUCAACUAUAUGGUUGUCAAGUUAAUGGAGUAGCUCAAAUGGGAACGGCAAUAUCUGUCUGUGGAUUAUCGAAACAAUUAGAUAACUCUGUCUUACAACUGAAUUUUGUUAUUGUUUUAAGAGUCAAUGAACGUAGUGCACAGGGUGGUUUUAGGGGGAGGGGUAUAGGGUGGACGCCCUCCCUCUUCAGGGAUUCGACCCCCUCAUCAACUCAAGGGUACCUCAUUUGGUAUUACUUUAUGCCAUACAUUUUC